CCACAACGAAUAUAUACGAAUAAGGUUAUAGAACAAACUGUCGAACGACAUUCAAGAUCAAAACAAAACACAAUUUUUGGAGACAUAACGAUGCCUUAUAGGCUUGUAGCUUUAUGGCCGAUCGGUAUGGCGACAGAAAUUGAACACAAUAUCGUCUGCAGUAUCUGUUUGGAAACUUUCCACAGCCCAGUGAUUUUGCCGUGCAGCCAUUCUUUUUGUAAGAAGUGCAUUUCGGACUGGAUGGACAUGACUGUACACAAACAACGCGCGGAGAUUUUCACUUGUCCGGAAUGCCGAAUGCCGCUCAACUUGUCGCGGGGAGGAGCGGGGGCCCUCCCGUCCAACUACGCACUCUCUAGCCUGGUGGACGAGCACAGAAAGUCAGGAAAUGGCGGGAAUUUCAGCACAGACGGGAACGCUAGAUUAUGUCAGGGUGUGGGGACUCAAGGGGUACAAAUGGCCGGUAGGUGUAGGGAGCAUGGCAAGAGUCUCCUGAUGUAUUGUAUGGUCUGUGAGGAGGAAUGCUGUUUGCAGUGUAUGAAAGAGCCUGGAGGUAGACAUCCGGCCAGCUCACCGCAACACAACGUCAAGAAUAAGUAUGUGGCGACGUCCUUGAGAAAGGUGAGUUUGAUGGACAUCUCAAUGGGCAGCAGGAAAACGCAUAUGAAAAUCUUGGACAUGGAGACUGCGUUGUCCAGCAAUGCUGGAAAAGCUAUAAACGAAAUCAAAUCGCAGAUGAAAGACAUUAAACUAGCAUUGGACAUGAAGGCGGAACAAAUUGUGGAGGCAAUACAGUCUGAGACAGCAGAGAAACAAGAGCGGAUAGAGGCCAUUAAAAGAGGUUUGAACACCAUCCAAGACGAUUCGAGAUUUCUGCUGGGGGAGGGGGGCAACUCGGAGAAAUUCCUAAAGGAGGCGCAUGCUGUCCAAGUUAGGGCGGCAGCAAUCUGCGCAAAUCCAGACUGGAACGACCAGAGUUUGGUUAGUGUGCAACAGAUUCCCACAGAGCGACAACUACAGGCGGUAAAACGCGCCAUUGACGACAUUUUCUGUCAGAAAACCUCAAACAAGCUUCAAGUUCACGGCGAUGGAUGGUCAAGUUUCGAUCAAGCCAGAUCUGAGUUCACAUCAAGUAGUGUCCAUGAUGCUGGAGCGAUGCCGCUACCAUCUCAAGGCUUUGGCGGUAGUAAAACACAACAAAACAAGAUAGCAUCUGUUGCUUGUGAGGGAACGAUUCGGAUACUGACAAGACAACCAGAAUCGACAGUUUCAUGUUCAGAGAAUCCACAUCUGGAAGCCGGUUUACAGCUUUUCCCGAGUCUAUCUGUUUCUGGUGCGUCAUCACUUUCGACGAUUGCCGAGGAUAUUCCGAUCUCAGACGAUGGUACGCCGAAAAUGACCGAGUCGUUGCCCAACGUGCCAUCGAAUGUACACGAGAAUCCUGGGCAUACAAACGAUAGAAGAGGACCCGAAGACACGCAAGCAAAUGUAUUUUCAAAGCUGACAGAGGACAACCAGAGGGAAGAGGGAAUAAUGUUUCAGCAAAGUGCUAAGUUAUUUCUGUGGGAUUCGGACUGCACGGACUGGAAAGAGCAGGGAGUUGGCGAUCUGAAAAUUCUGCGCCAUAACGUGACGGGUAAGGCGCGCGUGCUGAUGUGGAGUGACGGGACGUACAGCGUGCAGGCGAACCACUACAUCACGGCGGACAUGACGCUGGUGGCCGACAGGAUCGGCGGGGAGGACGCGCUGGUCUGGUCGGGCAUCGACGCGGCCGACGGAUCACGGAAGGAGGCGUUCUUCGCAGCGACUUUUUCUCAGCCCGACGCUGCCACUGUUUACAAGAAAGUGUUCGAGAGAUGUGUGGCGAGAGAGAUGGUGCAGGAACGGACGGCAUCGACCAGCAGUACGCUAUGACAAUCAUCUGGCGGAUAC